AGUUUCAACAAAGGUAAAACAAUGAAAUUUUAGAGAGAUCUCUCUGACGACAUCAUCUUCCUGAAAUGUAUAUAUUCCACCAAAUGGUUAUUUUUGGAGAGAAUUUACAUAUUGAUCUGCGAUUCCAAGUUAUUGCCAUUCCUUUCAUUUUGUGCCAUUUGCCCUAAGCCCCUCCUAGCAGAUGGCCCAGAUGUGGCCAAUUCUUGCUGAGCUUUUUCUUUUCCUAAUGAAGGUGGUUCCAGGGCCAGUUGACAACACAGUGUCUGCAGUGGUGGGUACCAAGGCUGUGCUGAGAUGCCCCAAUAUCUCAGUGUCUUCUCUGAUUUUGGUAGUAUGGCACAUAAGACCAAAGAAUGGAAGUCACUGCUUAUUGGCACAUAGAGCUGAUACCAAGACAGACAGAACAAACUGCACUAAGAGGAUUACUUGGGAAUCUUACCCUGCCCAUGACCCUACCCUUCAGAUUCACCCUGUGAGACUUGCUGAUGAGGGUAAUUACAUCUGUGAAAUUGCAACUAGUGAUGGGAAUUUGGACCAAGUGUCUGCUCUCAUUGUGCUAGUCCCUCCUGUGGUGACUCUGACUCAUGAAAGUAAUGAGGUUGUUGUGUGCCAGGCAUCUGCAGGGAAACCAGCUGGAGAAAUCUCAUGGGCACAAGGGAGUGGUCACAGCACUGAGAACAAAACUCAUCACACCAAUGGAACAGUGACCAUACUCAGCAGAUUAUCUCUGAUCAAUAGCACCAAUGCCUAUGUGACCUGCUUAGUUACCCAUCCAGCCCUGAAUCAGACCAUAGAACUGUCACCAGAGUUUUCUGCAGAUGUGACGCUUUCGCCCACUCUCUAUUAUUUCCUGAUAAGCACCUCUUCAUGUGUUGCUGUUGCAGUUAUUGUUCUGAUUUCAUACCGGACUUUAAAAUGCAGAGGUUCAGCCACCUCCUUAUCUGGAAUGGCUAAUACUGCCACAAUGCCAAAUACAACUGAGAAUAAACUGAAAUUUGCAUCCAGGCCUGAGGAAGUUAACACAUCUAACUCUUACGCCACAGAAAGCAUCUAUCAAAAUUACAGUGUACAACGCAUGUAUACAAAUGUUAAUUCUGUAAAAACACAAAGGCAAAGAGUCUAGCUUUAGUUCAGCCACUGACUCUAUCAAGAAUAUCUAACAAAUCCUGGGACUGUUCUUAUGCAGAGCUAGAAGUCCCGCAGCACACGAAUAUACCAGUUCCAAAAGUUCAGGCCUGUUUGUCUUGGAAGACUUGGCUUUGCUCCACCUAUCGCGGAUUCCUCUCAGCGCUUAAUUAUUUUUAUGUGGCUGGUUUUCAUAAUUGGAGGAGUUCUUAUUGUCUAUAUCGCUCAGGAAAAUGGAGGUAGAAAGAUCAGUGGGAAUCAACAUGUAAAUUUUCUCCCUCUCUGGAGAUCCAUAAAUAGUAAAUACCUUUUUAAUGACUGAAAUUUGAAGGCCUAAGCUUCAGAAACUUACAUAAAAAUUUCAUGUGGGAACUGGAGCUUUGGGCAUGCAAAAUGAGAUCUUGUGAAAACAUUGAACUUGCAUUUUGACAGUCAAACUGAAACUAAUACACUCCAAAAUCCUAGGGAGAGGUAGCCACACAUUGCAGAAUUCUUUAGCUGACAGAAUUAAAAGAUGUUUUACUACACAGAAAUAAUGCUUUACAUUCAGAAUUAAAACAUGGGACUGGUAGCAGCUGAUUUAACUUCUAUCCUCUGACUUUUUAAUUUUUUCUGAGUUGUAUAGACUUUGCAUAUGUCAUGACAGAUGCCAAACAAAUGCACUUGAACUUGGUAUGGAAAUGGAACUGAGUGAUGGGCAAUGUUGAAAAGUUUUUAGUUCAAGUUAACAUCUAAAAACUGUGAAUCUGUACCCAAACCUCUUUGACUACUUAGAAAUGUAUGGACAUGCAGUGCACAGAUAUUUGUGUUAAGACUUCAACACUGAGCAACAUAAAAAAAUACAAAGGGCCAGGUUGUGGGCAGCCUGUGCAGGGGCAGAAAGGGAGAAACGUGCUCCUUCACAUUCUUGUGCAGCCUUUUGUGCAUCUUGGUAUGUGGACAUACAUGUUGUUUAAUACUGGGACGAAAAUCUCUCAAGAACAGACUUUGUCAUAACUAAAGCUGGUGGAAACUUAGUAUUUCCAUUCUGCAGGAUCCAGUUCCAUUCUGAUUUGGAAUGAUAUGUAGAAAUUCCAAAAUGACCCAUGGAUAGGAAACUGAAAUAUUUUCAGCUUGGAAAAAACAGAAUGUUUCUUUUCAGUUUCUCAAAAAAAAAAAAAAAAAAGUAAAUGGCCACCUGCCUGCAGAAGGGGAUAGCCGAGGGAAGCCCAGAGGUGUCUCCUUUUGUGUAACGUGGAGCCCUAAAAGCUCUGAGAGCCCCAGCUUCUGUGCAUGGCUCAGCUACCUUGCCACUGCUAAGAAAACUGCUUUUGAGAGCAACCAACUCACUGACCAGGAAGAACUCAAGAUUCAGGGGCAGUAUUUGUCAUUCAUUUGUGGUUAUUUUUAGUAUUUUUUGUGUAUAUUUUUAUUUUGUCGAAAGCAAGACCAGAUGUCGUGGUAGUCACUACAGUAGGUUGAUAAUGAACCCUAGUGCGAAAGGGGUAUUUGCAUUUGGAUCUCUGACCCACAUUAUGGGUUGGGACUAGAAAAUAAAGUUUCAGUUGGUUGUCAGUGUUUUGGCACUCACUCACGGUGAGAUACUGGCUACUGAACUGGGUGGUAUUCUAGCUCCUCAUGGAUGGCCUGCUGCCACCCUGGGGCCAGACAACGGAGUGGAGCAUAUGCAGGUUUCAAUGCCAAUUGGAAGCAUGCAACAUACAGAGUAUUAAUAUGGCAGCAGCAUUGUUUCAGAUGUUACAUUCAAGGCAAUUUUAGCUCGAUGCUAAAAUAAUGAUUAUAUUUAUGUGCAUAUAAUAUAUAAUGAUCUGUACCAACAUUGAGGCAUUUAUUUCAAUAAAGCUGAUGUAA